CAGUUCCUCAGAGGAGUAAAUAAUAAUAUAUUCAUUAUUCUUUGGUCAGCAUUGCAUAUUGUGAUAUAAGCAGAGAUGUAUUUCUAAAUCUGAAACCUGAAUUUGAUUUUUGACCGAUAUAAAUUCGGCUCUUUUAGAUAUUUGAAUAAGAAAUUUGAAUUAAGCUAAAAAUGAAUGGGAUAUUAUUAAGGACGUCUAUUUUUAUAUCUUUGCUUGCUAACAUUCCUUUAAUUUAUUCUGAAAGUUUACAAAGUGUUAGUGAUGACGAUUUACUAACACUUAUAAAAGAGAAUGAAAAACUUAUUGUUUUAUUUACCAAGCCUAAUUGCAAAGAAUGUAAUGAAUUGGAGAAAAUAAUUGACAACUUGAGGGAUGAAUUUGAACAACAGCUGAAUGCAUUUUCUGUAAAAGCAACUAAUAGUCACUUGGCUCGUCUCUAUAGUCCUAACAAAGAACCUGCUAUUGUAUUCUUUAGGCAUGGAGUGCCAUUAUUAUAUUAUGGUAAUCCAAAUGAAGGUGAAAUUUAUGGCUACUUUGAAAAAAACCAAUCACCAGCAGUUAAAGAACUAACGGAUAAAAUAUUUGAGCAUCUAACACAAGCUGCAACUGGUGCUACCACUGGAGACUGGUUUGUUAUGUUUUAUGGCGCCUCCUGUGUUGAGUGCCAAAGACUACAUGCAGUUUGGGAAAGUGUUGGCGCAUCACUUAGAGGAAAAGUGAAUGUUGCCAGAGUUGAUUCAAAUUUAGCUGGUGCGUUAACUGCAAAACGUUUUAAAGUGACAACUUUACCUGCUUUCCUUUUCUUCCGUUUGGGAAAAGUAUAUCGAUAUGAUUUACCAAAUUAUGAUGUGAAGUCAUUUAUAACAUUUGCUCAAGAUUGGUAUAGAAAUGUAAAAGGUGAUGCGGUGCCACUUUUGUCAUCUCCAUUUGAUGAACUUGUGGACUGGAGUGUGGAGUUUAUAAAGUAUUCAAUAGCAUUUGGCCUAGAUAUUCUGACAAGACAUCCUUGGAUAUGGCAGAUUGGUGUUGUUGGAUUUGGUUUGGUAGCAAUUACAGCUCUUAUAGCACUUGUCAAAGCAAGAAAACCAAAACAGACCAAAAGUGUUAAAAAGGACAAGAAAAAGAAAUAAUUAUAACUUAAAAAGACUUGGUAAUGAAUUAUGCAUUUAUAAUUUAAGUGAAGGUGUCCUAAGUGUUUAAACUUUUUUUUUUAUUCAAAUAGUAGGUAGGGGUGUAAAAUGUUUGGCCAAGCUUCAAAGGAGCGUUGUUAUAAUAAAAAUAAAAUAUUUUUGCAAUUCCGUCCAAUGCUCAAUUUAAGGUGAAUGUUUUAGCAGUGUUAAUCGGUAUAUUUUAUAUUUUUUAUAAAUAAAACUUACUGAAGUUGAA